GUGGCGCUAUGUUAAGAUAACGUGUCGUGCAGAUUGACAACAGUGUCGACAGACAACUAUGGUACCGAUGAGAGUGUCACCUUUCCUUGGCCAGGACUCGAGCCCUCCUUCGUGACCGAAUAGAUGCACCGCGAGGAGCAAGGCAUAACUGCGGUUGGCUGCCGCGUGGCCCCAUCUGAGGGCUGCGACCCAGAUGUUUCAUUCAAAGGGAACUUCUUCCACAAGGUCUACUUUGAAGUCUGACUCCGAGAGACCCAGUUAAAAUGAUUCAUGCUGCUCUGAUAUCUCCUCCUUUCCUUGAACCUCCGUGGCAGUAACGGUUUGACCAGCAGCUGUACAUCAUUUGUAUUGCACUACUGCCCCUCACAUGAUCUGUUUGCUAAUUUGGUAAACACGUCCAAUAGGACUUGGCUAUCGAGAGGGGAAAGUCUCGAGAGAGUUAAGUUCGUCACCAACGGCUCGUAGCCUCGGAUGUAAAGUCAUCAACAGUUUCCUCCCAGGAGUCUCUCUGCUAACGAGCUGCCGGUUCGUCUCUGCGCUGAAAAGAAACGGUCGAGUCUUCAAAUCCACGCAAUCAGUCGCAGAAGUUGGUCGAUGCCGGAGCUUCUCGUGCCCUCUGCUCCCGCCGCUGCUGCUGCUGCUGUUGAGGGGGGGGGGGAGGAGGAGGAGGAGGAGGAACUCCACAGAUCGCCAACAACUUUGACUGCAGCUCCUGCUGCUGCAAAAAAACAAAAAAACAAACUUUGAUUGAAUCCAUGUGCAGAAGUUUGUGGAGGUCAGACCUGGAGUGAGCUGUGAACACACACACACACACUGACCGUUGGACUGUGUCAAGGCCCGGUGGUGAGCCAACAGUUGGGUAACAUUUAUUCACCAGCCCGUGGGUUGACCAUGUGAGCUGAAGCGUCGAGUGCAGCGUCCUCGUCUUAUCUGUCCCAGUCCCCGUAGAUCAUGACAGCGACGUUGUCCUCUGGCCACAGUUGGCGCUGAUGAUGUAGGAGCUGCGUCGACACCCAGGCUGCCUGUUGUAACGAUGACCACCGCCCCUCUGGAGAAGGAGCAGCCCCUCCUUCAGCUGCAGGAGGUGGGCUCCAGCCGCGUUAGAGGAUGCAUGCUCUCCCCCAUCCUCAGUUCCUGCUCCUCCUCCUCCUCUCCGGGGAUGACCUUGGACCCCAGCCAUCCCAUCUGCAUCCCCUCCCCUUACACAGAUCUGGGCCACGACUUCACCGCCAGCCUUCCCUUCUACAGCCCCACCAUCUUCACCUACCCCAGUCCCAGCGUCGCCGACGGCUCCUCUGGGCGUCAGUCCCUCAGCCCGUCCGUGUUCUGGGCCGGACAUGGACGCGUGGGCUCAACCGUUCCGCUGCAUCACCCACAGGGUCGACCCCAGCAUGCUCCGACCCUGCAGAGGACGUGGGUGGAGUUAACGCCACGGGAGAGUGUGUUAAGCAGAGACAAAAGCACGAGGAGACGCUCCCAGGAGAAGGAGGAGGGCGUGGUGUCAUGUGACCGGAAGACGGAUCAUCACUUCUGCGCCGUGUGUCACGACUUCGCCUCGGGUUAUCACUACGGCGUGUGGUCCUGCGAAGGAUGUAAGGCCUUCUUCAAGAGGAGCAUCCAGGGACACAACGACUACAUCUGUCCGGCCACCAAUCAGUGCACUAUCGACAAAAAUCGCCGUAAGAGCUGCCAGGCGUGUCGCCUUCGAAAGUGCUGCGAGGUUGGAAUGACCAAGUGUGGUAUGAGGAAGGAACACGGAAGCUACCGGACCCCUAAGUCGAGGCGACUGACCCGUCUGUCCACGCAGAGCAAACUCAACGGACCAAAGGCGUCAGCUGCACCAGCGGAGAGUUUGCUCAAGGAGCCGCAGCUCCCGGUGCUGACACCGGAGGCGCUGAUCGCGAGGAUCAUGGAGGCGGAGCCGCCCGACAUCUACCUCAUGAGGGACAUGAGCGGGCCCAUGACGGAGGCCACCGUCAUGAUGUCACUCACCAACCUGGCCGACAAGGAGCUGGUCCACAUGAUCACCUGGGCCAAGAAGAUCCCAGGGUUUGUGGAUCUGAACCUCCUGGACCAGGUGCACCUGCUGGAGUGCUGCUGGCUGGAGGUGCUGAUGAUGGGGCUGAUGUGGAGGUCAGUGGACCAUCCUGGGAAACUCAUCUUCUCCCCUGACCUCAGCCUCAGCAGAGAAGAGGGGAGCUGCGUCCAGGGCUUCGUGGAGAUCUAUGACAUGCUGAUAGCUGCCACGUCCAGGGUGAGGGAGCUGAAGCUGCAGAGAGAGGAGUACGUGUGUCUGAAGGCCAUGAUCCUGCUCAACUCCAACAUGUGCCUGAGCUCCUCAGACGGAGGGGAGGAGCUACAGAGUCGUUCCAGGCUGCUGCGUCUCCUGGAUGCCAUGACCGACGCUCUGGUGUGGGCCAUCGCCAAGAGCGGCCUGUCGUUCCGUCAGCAGUACACCCGCCUCGCUCACCUGCUCAUGCUGCUGUCGCACAUCCGACAUGUCAGCAACAAAGGCAUGGACCACCUUCACUGCAUGAAGAUGAAGAACAUGGUGCCUCUGUACGACCUGCUGCUGGAGAUGCUGGACGCUCACAUCAUGCACAGCUCCCGUCUGGGCCGCCGUGCUGCUCCCUCUCCUCACCCUCCUUCCCGUGCAUGUGAUGGGCAGGGUGUCACGGACCAGAAGGAGACGUACUCGCAGUCUGCAGACUCUGGGAAGAGCUCCUCACACACAUGGACUCCUGGCAGCCCCAGAGUGGAUGGACAUUAAAAAAAAAAGACAAAAAGAAAACAUUGACACACUGCUAAGGUUUCACCUGCUUUGCACAUGUUAACUCACCAACGCUGUUUUAGUUUGUGACAAGGUAAAAGCUGGAGCCCAGGAUGGAUGGAAGUUGUAGAGAGGUCAGAACUGUAGCUUCACUGUCGGGCAGUGCCACGCCUCCACCUGGUGGAAAAGGUGAACAGUAUCCUUUGCACAAAACUUAUGUCAUUAAGAAGUGAUAGCUGGUGUAAAAAGUAGGACAGAGAUUAGAUGGAGAGAUUAGAGCUGGAGAUUUGUGAUGGUUCAACAACCAAUCAGGGUGAAGCAGUGAAAAACUGUGAGGCAGGGGUGUACAGUAAUGGUAUGAAUGUAAAUCCAAGUCAAAGUGGAACAACAAGUCAGUUUGUGGCCUGGAAAAAAAAUAACAGUUGAAGUGAGGUCAUGUCAACUGUCAGUGAGGUGUUAGUUGCUGGUUGUAGGUGGGUUCACAGAUGGUGUAGGACCUGUGGUGCCACGCACUGAGUGUCAGACAGGCAGAUAUCAGUUUAACCUACAUGCGGACUGGUAACUAAGACGGAUGAGGUAGGACAGGAAGUGACUGGAAAUGGAGGUGGUGAGAUGAAGUGAGCUGCAGAGGGAAAGGUGUGGGUGGAGGAGACACUGCUGUGGGUUUGGUGUGUCUUCCUGGAGCGGCAGUGUAGAGGUGAUGGAAGUUGGGUUAGAAAUUACAAACGAAUGUGUAGGCUAAUUGGAUUGAUGUUAUUGUGACUAAUGUCAAAUGUCAGGCAGAGAGAAGGUUUGAGAAGUUAGCGUAAAAAGUGUUUUAUCAAGGUGAAGAAUCCUGAACUGUUCAAAUGGGUAGCUAUGCAACGUGAGGUUCAUUUGCAGAUGUUUUUUUUAGAAAUGUGUGGGUUAUUUGUUGUUACUGGGAAGGUGGUUUGAAGUCCUGUUUUGGGCAGUGUAGUUACGAUGGUAAAAGUAGCAUUUUGUCAUGAAGCAGUAUUUGUCAUCAGUGGCAGCAGUUUGGAGUGUCCAGGAUCAGUUGGUGUGAAGAGGAAACUCCCCAAACAGUGUUUAUACUGUGAAGGAGUUUGGGUUUACAAAGGAGUUCUGAGUGAGGAGAGCAAAGUAAAAGGCAAGAAGCUAACUGAGAUGUUAGGGUAACAACAGUGAAGUUGUGGCUGAUGUUAGUGUUGGGAGAGGCCUGAAGAUUAGUGUAUUUGCAAGGUAAUUGUUUGUGUGAAAUCUGUCUAUAAAUGGAGAAAGUUAAUGUGUGCUGUCACGGAGCUACAGUUAGGAGUGUUGUCAGUGAAGAAUCCAAACCAGCAGUUGUUUGAAGGCAUCGUGAGGCUCCAGUUGAGGUGUGGGUGAGAUGGUGGAGGACUAAUGUGAUGUGUUGCUUCAGUAGCAUCUGUGUGAAUCACGUACACGUUGCUUGGACAAUCAGAAACACUGUGAAGGCAAAUGUUGUUGUCAGAGAUCUGACUGUUGUGUUUCCUUCUGGACUGUCAGUCAGAGCUAUGUAGUAGCAGCGGUUCUAGUGUUGUGUUCUCUGAAGGAUGUCAUGCACGCUUUGCUUUUAUUUCAAUCGUUCUGUAAUGACAUGUGAAUAAGCAGAGGAGGUGGAAUCCUCUGUUGUUGUCAGAUUUUGUGUUUGUUUCACUAUGUAAAGUUACAAGUUACCAAUCAGUUCAGAGUGAUGGUAUUGGUGUUUCCUGUGAAAGGAGGAUGAAGUUGUAUUGGCACAUGUUAAAAGCAAACUGUCUUUUCAUGUUGUGAUUUGUUGCUGAACAUGUUGUGUUUGAAACCAUUAAAUGCAGCCAACAUAUUGUACAAA